AUGGCCGGCGGUGGUGGCAAAUACCGCCACUUGAGUCGCGACUCUGCGCAUCGACAGGCCCUGCUCCGUAACCUGGUUACCUCCCUCUUCGAGCAUGAAUCAAUCACAACCACAUGGGCCAAGGCCAAGGAAGCCCAACGUUUGGCCGACAAGUUGAUUACCCUGGGAAAGAAGAACACCGAAGCGAGUCGGAGACGGGCCUUGGAAAUUUUCUACACACCACAUGCAAUGCUCCCAAAACUUUUCGGUCCCCUCCGUGAGCGCUACGCAGACCGACCAGGCGGCUACACCCGAGUUCUGCGCAUGGAACCCCGCGAAAAGAUCGAAUACUACUCCGUCAACAAGAGUGACCGCAUGGCCAGCCCGGAACGCAAGCCACAUGUGAAAGCCCCCACCGCCAUUCUCGAGCUGGUCGAUGGGCCGAAGGAUAUGCGAUUUGCCAUGACAGCACGCACAGUGGCGCGGGAGCGCGAGCAGGGCCGAGACCUGGUGCACGGACUGACGAGGUUGAAUGUGAAGAAGGUUACGCAGUUCCGGAAGGACGGUGUUGAGGCUCUGGAGAAGGCAAUCUCUAAGCUCAGCGUCUCCAAGAAGGAUGUUGAGAAGAAGGAGUAG